AUGAGGUUCAGCGUUGCCAUCCCCCUCGCCCUCUUGGGCCUCACAUCCACAGUUGCUGCGGCACCUUCACAACCACCUAGCCAAGAAGUAUCACCUCCAGUGCUGGCUAAACGUGAAGAUACCAAAUACUUCCACGAGCCUUGCUGCGGUGAAGAGCUCGGCCACUACGACAUCCGCUACUUCAAGGAGGCCGUCCCCUAUAACGAACAUCGCGUCGUCCUCCGUAACCUCAUUCGCUCUUACCUAACAAUUACGAAGAAACUCAACAUCGAGACCUGGCUCGCCCACGGCACACUCCUCGGCUGGUGGUGGAACGGCAAGAUCAUGCCUUGGGAUUAUGAUCUUGAUGUCCAGGUGUCCACGGCUACCCUCUACUGGCUUGGCCAGAACAUGAACCGCACCGAGCACGAUUACGACUGGACGGACGCCGAGGGCAACCCCCAAAAGGAGCGUUAUCUACUCGACGUUAACCCCCACGGCACCGACAAAGACCGCGGCGAUGGCCAGAACAUCAUCGAUGCCCGCUGGAUCAACAUGGCCAACGGUGCUUUCAUCGACAUCACCGGCCUUGCCGAGCGCGACCCCUCCGGCAUGCCGGGCGUCUGGAGUUGCAAAAACUACCAUCGCUACCACACCACCGAUCUCUUCCCCAUGCGCGAGACCGAGUUCGAGGGUGUUCCUGCCGUUAUUCCCUACAGCUUCGAGCGCAUCCUGUCUGAUGAGUACGGAACUAAGAGCCUGGUCACCACUGAAUGGCAAGGACACAAAUGGGAGCCAGAGCAAAAGGAGUGGAUCAAGGUUCAACAACCCGACGACCAAAAGCCUCAACAAUAA